AUGAAUUCUUCAGUUAAGGCACCUCGACUGACUGAUUCCGCUUGGCUCAAGAAGAACGGCUUUGAGUCGAUGAAUCAUUUCAUGUUUUCUUACCAACUAAGAAUGGAAAAUGAAAAGGAUUACGAACGUGGCAAGAUGGUACUGGCGGCAAUCAGAGCGAUCAAGGAGGAUGAAGCAAUGUCUGACGCUGAAAGAUCCACUGGUUUUCCAAAUACUUCCGAACAGACGCAGACCAAUAGUGCCGCGAAUAAUGAUGCUGGAGACCGCUCGGAUGCACCCGGUAAUCAAGAUGGAAGGCAACUUUCUGCAGGCGAUAGCACUGGUCCAAGUGAGGACAUCCUCGAUGACAAGAAACCAGUUGAGUUUAUGGGAACUUUGAGGUCGUAUCCGUCUUAUGGUAGUGGAGGAUCAGCAAAAGAUUGA